AACGGACCCAGCAGCCUGCACCUCCCUCCUCGCUGGGUCCUGCGUGGGGCAGGAGGAGCCGUCUGCACCCAUCGCCGCUCUCUCCUACAGGACUAAUGAGAGGGAAGCAGAGAGUGUGACUAUAGACACCACGUAUUCACAUGAGAGAAGUGAAGAAAGCCAGCAGUGAAGAUGAAAAGCAACUGGAAAAUUACAGCUUUCUUUUACGUGUGUAGUUUUCUGUGGUCUUUCAUCUCAGCCACCAUCCAGCAACAAUCAAGACUACCAGUCAUUCUGGGUGCCAGUCAAAGAACUGAUCUCUGCCCAACAAUCAGGAUUGGCCAAGAUGACUUACCAGGCUUUGACCUGAUUUCUCAGUUCCAAAUAGAAAAAGCUGCUUCCCAAGGAAUUAUCCAGAGAGUAGUGGGCUCCACUUCUCUACAAGUGGCUUAUAAAUUGGGACCCAAUGUAGACUUCAGGAUCCCAACCAGGCCAGACUUGCUGCCGGUGAAGGAAUAG